UGUAGCCCUUGAUAUAAACACGCACACGAAUCACGCCCCUUCAGAUCUCAUCACGCCUCAAAAUCUCUUUUCGCAAGUCCAAAGCCGUGACAGUGACUGAAUCUGAUGGAGAGAAAGCAAAUGAAGAAGAGUUUCUAUACCGCAAUACUCUUGGUCGCGCUCAUCUCUGCGGCUGCUGGAGACGAUCAUGACAAUGAGUGCGUCUACACCGUCUACGUCAAGACCGGAUCCAUCAUCAAAGGAGGAACCGAUUCCAAGAUCAGCCUGGCCCUUGGAGAUCCACAAGGCCAAUCUGUUUGGGUCUCAGAUCUUGAAUCCUGGGGCUUAAUGGGCCCCUCCCACGAUUACUAUGAGCGUGGUAACAUUGACAUCUUUAGCGGCCGUGGCCCCUGCAUCGGCACGCCCCUCUGCCGCCUCAACUUGACCUCCGAUGGCUCAGGAAAGCACCAUGGCUGGUAUUGUGAUUACAUCGAGGUUACUUCCACUGGGCCUCACAAGCAGUGCAGCCAGACUAUCUUCUACGUUAAUCAGUGGCUGGCUACCGAUGUUGCACCUUUCCAGUUGACGGCUCAGCUUGAUGGAUGUAGUUCGUGGGAUCAGCGUGCGAAGCAGGUAGUUAAGGAGAGGUUUGUUGUGGGGAAUGGAGGACGAUCUGCAGCAGCAUGAAAAGGGAACUGUAUCUAUAAUAUUAUUGGUGUUUUCGCUUUGUUGAGAGGCCCUCUAGCUAUUCAGGAUUUUCUGCAGAGUAGUGAGAUGAUGACGCUAUGCUAGUAAUAAUUUCUUUUCAUCUGCCAA